AUGAAUAAAAUUAUGAGCCUGUUCGUGCUGGUCGCCAUUAUCGCCUUCGCCAGUGCCAAACCUCAACCGAAACCAGACGUCCUGGCGUACAACUUGGCUGGGGUACCGGUCGUGGCUGCUGCUCCUGCUGUCGCCAGCUAUGCGACCGUCUACGAGCAAACGUUCCACGGUAACCUGGCACCAGCCUCAUACGUUGCGUAUGCAACCUACGACCCAUUCGUGCCAACUCUGCCCGUGUCCGUCGGAGCACCCGUUCUGUUGAAAAAGUAGACCCCAUCCGAGGGUAAAUAAAUGUGCUGUUUUUGA